CUCUACCUGAGUCAAACAUGUUUCUGAUUGUGAUUGACGACAACACAGGUGAAGUUUACAGAGGAAUAAUUUGAAUUUCUAAAGUGUGGUCACUGAAAUCCUAAUCAUGGACAAAUUACGGAAAUAAUGAACUUUCAGCAUCUUCAGCAGUAACAAAGGAGAUCCCACUGACUUGUGCCCAAAUGUCAUUCUAGCACACUUGUCAAGUCCAUGGAGCUUUUGUUUAGGUUAAGAGAGGAAGACCCUCCUACUGAACUGAGAGAAAGUGAUCAGACUGCAUCCAUGAACAGUGAACAGUCUAUAGAUGUUCAAUGGAUGUUCAAGGAGGGUGACUCUGCUACUAAUCUGAGACUGAUUCAUAGAGACAGUUCAGAAGCUCCUGAACAAAGCUAUAAAUUCACAAGGAGUGAUCAGUCUUUGUUGCGUCUUCUGAAGAAAAGUGGAGACCCUUCCACUGAUGUGAGCUUGAAUCGACAAGAAAGAUUAGAUUCCCCUGAGGUGGGAAGAAUAACCAAGAGAAGUGAUCAGUCUCUAUAUGUGCCUUGGAAUUUCAGAGGGAGAGGCUCUGCUGCUGAUUUGAGCCUGAACCUACAAGAGAGAUCAGAUUCCUCUCAGCCCUGCUGUAUAUCCAUGAAGAGUGAUCAGUCUAUGAUUCAUCCAUUGACGUUCAGAAGCAGAGAUCAUUCUACUGAUCUGAGUUUGAGUCCAAGAGAGAGAUCAGAUUCACCUACAUCCAGCUGCAUAUCUAUGAAGAGUGAUGAUUCCAUGCAUAGUCCAGGGGGAAAUUUCAGAGAGGCAGUCUCUUUUGCUGAUCUGAGCUCACAUCAAAAGUUUUCCAGUGGCAAACAUUUUGAUUCCAUAUUCAAGGAGCUUGAGGACAGAGUCAUCUCUCUGGUGAAGAAGGAGCUGAAGAGGUUUAAGAAAUUACUUAGUCCAGAUUAUCCAGGCUGCUCAGAGAGAGAAACAGAGGAUGAGGGUCAGAGCAGUUUCAGAGAAGGGGCACUGAAGAUCACACUUUAUGUCCUGAAAGACAUGAACCUUUCAAAUCUGGCCACUACUCUACAGACAAACAUGCUCCCUUCAUAUCAACGAAAACUGAAAUCCAGACUGAAGAAAAAAUUUCAGAUCAUUGAUGAAGGAAUUCCAAACUAUGGAACCUCAACACUUCUGAAUGAGAUCUACACUGAGCUGUACUCCACAGGGGGAGGGACUGGAGAGGUCAAUAAUGAACAUGAAGUGAGACAAAUUGAGACAGCAUCCAGGAGAACAUCAAUACAAGAGACACCCAUCAAUUUCAAUGACAUCUUUAAAUCCUUACCUGGACAAGAUAAAUUAAUCAGAACUGUGUUGACUAAAGGAGUUGCUGGAAUUGGAAAAACAGUCUCAGUGCAGAAGUUCAUUCUGGACUGGGCUGAAGGAAAAUCCAAUCAAGAUGUCCACUUCAUAUUUCCACUUCCUUUCAGAGAACUAAACUUGAUGAAGGAUAAGAUGCUCAGUUUGAUGGACCUUCUACAUCACUAUUUUAGAGAAACAACAGAACUAGGAUUAACAGAUUGUAAAGACUUCAAAGUCUUGUUCAUCUUUGAUGGUUUGGAUGAAUGUAGACUUCCUCUAGAUUUCCAUAACAAUGAGAGUAUUUUUAAUGUAGCACAGAUGACCUCAUUGGAUGUCCUGCUAACAAACCUCAUCAAAGGGAAUCUGCUUCCAUCUGCUCUUCUCUGGAUAACCUCUCGACCAGCAGCAUGUAGUCAAAUCCCUCCUGAAUGUGUUGACCAGGUAAAAGAAGUACGAGGAUUCAGUGAUCCCCAGAAAGAAGAAUACUUCAGGAAGAAGAUCAGUGACCAGAGUCUGGCCAACAAAAUCAUCACACACAUCAAGUCAUCAAGAAGUCUCCACAUCAUGUGCCACAUACCAGUGUUCUGUUGGAUAUCAGCCACUGUUCUGGAGAAGAUGUGUCAUGAAGCAGAGAGUGAAGAGAUCCCCAAAACUCUAACUCAAAUGUUCACACACUUCCUGAUCUUCCAGAUCAAACACAGCAAACAAAAAUAUCAGGGAAAAAGUGACUUUAAUCCUGACCAGACAAGCAAGAUUAUCUGGACGCUAGGAAAACUGGCUUUCGAACAACUGGAAAAAGGCAACCUGAUCUUCUAUGAGGAAGACCUGAGAGAUUGUGGCAUUGAUGUCAGAGAAGUGUCAGUGUACUCAGGAGUCUGCACUCAGAUCUUCAGAAAAGAGUUUGGGCUGCACCUGGGGAAGGUUUACAGUUUUGUGCAUCUGAGCAUUCAGGAGUUUCUGGCUGCUUUAUAUGUGUUUCUCUCCUUCAUCACCAGCAACAGGAAGACAUUUGAAAAACAAGUCCCUGGAUUUGUUAGUUCUGCCCACAAGCCAACAAUAUCUGAUCUUCUCAAGAUUGCAGUAGACAAGGCCUUAAAGAGCAAGAAUGGGCACCUGGAUCUCUUCCUGCGCUUCCUCCUAGGUCUCUCACUGGAAUCCAAUCAGGCUCUCUUACGGAGCCUCCUGCCACAGGCAGGGACAAGCUACCAUAAGGAGGAAACCAUAAAGUACAUUAAAAAGAAAAUCAGGGAGAAUCGCUCUACAGAGAAAUCAAUCAAUCUGUUCCAUUGUCUGAGUGAACUGAAUGACCACUCUCUCAUACAGGAAGUUCAAACAUACUUGUACAGAAACGGCAAGAAUCGUCUUUCUACACGACUUGUCUCUAGAAACUUCAGUGGAGUUAACCUUUCACCUGCUCAGUGGUCAGCUCUGGUGUUUGUACUUUUGAGCUCAGAGGCAGAGCUGAAAGAGUUUAAUCUGAGCAAAUAUGACCCAUCGGAGGAGUGUUUGCAGAAACUAUUGCCAGUGGUCAAAGCAUCCAGAAAAGCAAUUCUUAAUGGUUGCAACCUUACAGAGAGAAGCUGUGCCAUCCUAGCCUCAGCUCUCAGCUCAAACCCCUCAAAUCUAAGAGACUUGGAUCUGAGUACUAACAAUCUGCAAGAUAAAGGAGUGAAGCUCCUCUCAGAUGGACUUGAACACCCAUGCUGUAAACUGGAAAGACUUAGACUUUGUGGCUGUAUGCUUACAGAGAAAAGCUGUUCAGUUCUGGCUUUUGCUCUCAGCUCAAAUGUCUCAAAUCUAAGAGAGCUUAACUUGGGCAAUAACAAUCUACAAGAUUCAGGAGUAAAGCUGCUAUCUGAAGGACUGCAGAACCCACACUGUAAACUGGAGAAACUGAGGCUGCAAAACUGCAGUAUUACAGCAGAAGGCUGUGCUGCACUGGUUUCAGCUCUGAAAUCAAACCCUUCACACCUCAGAGAGCUCAAUUUGGGAAUGAAUAACCUUGCAGACGUGGGAGUGAAACUGCUAACAUUUCUGGUGAAGGAUUUUCACUGCAAACUUGAGAAAUUACAACUGUGUGACUGUGGUAUCACUGAGGAAGGCUGUGUGCCUCUGGCUUCAGCUCUGAAAUUAAACCUCUCACUUAGAGAGCUGGAUGUGAGCUACAAUAAACUAGGAGACUCAGGAGUGAAGCUACUUUCUGAUCUACUGAAGGACUCACAGUGCAAACUGGAGAAAUUACACUUCUACACCUGAUUCGGUCAUGAUUGGAAACAUCAUUCAAUUACUGUAGAGAUAAUUUCUGAAUAUGUACCUUAAUCUAUGCCAUUGUACUUUGUAUUAAAACAUCUGUAAGUUCAGCUCUUAACUGCCAGUAGUCCCUCUGAGUAGUAUUAUUUUCAGAUGUCAGUAUUGUAGUGUAGUUUUAAUAUUUCAAGGCUCAAUUUGGAUUUUUUAACAUUGUGCUUUGAAUAAAAUGUGUAUAUGUAGCAAAGUUAAAGCUCAAAGCACUCUUUCUGCAGAAGAUGAUACUAUUGCUGAAGCUGAAAUAUGCCUGUUGGUUUAGAGAUUUCAGCAUAUUUAGUAAAGAAUGUUUCUUUAAUACUAGUGCUGUUUUUUGCAAAAAUUCCUUAUCAUUAGUUCAACUUCAAUGCUAAAAAUUUUACCAAUCACCACCCCUUGAAAUCCUAGACUACAUACUGAAGCUUAUUGUUCUGUAAGUAAAGGCAAAUCAGUCCCAACUAGUUAGGCUAUUCUGAGGCUCUGCUCAUUUAAGUGGUUUACAUGGAAACAGGCUAAAAACUGGCUAACUUUCAUGUUUUGUUAGCAUUUUUAAAUAUUGUGCACAAUAAAAACUCUUGCACCCAG